CGCGUGGAAGAUCGGCAAAGUGAGCCCCAACUUGGAGCCGUACCCGGCGAGCGUGGAGGGCCUGGGGAGCCCGCGGGCGGUGGGGAUGACCGCUUCGGCGGCGGCCGAGGCGGAAGUUCCGAGCUGGAUAUGGCCCUCGGGAACGGAGGGGGAGGCGGAUACCACACGUCCUCGCCACGCAGUGCAGCGGACGCGAACGAGAUGAAGUACAUGCACCACCACCACCACCACCACCACCAUCAGGCGGCGGCGGCAGCGGCCGUUGCGGCCGCAUCCGCCCAACACCACCAUCACCACCAGGGCGGGGGCGGCGGAGGCGGCGUUACGGUACCCUCGAGCCCCUCACCCAACCCUUCGGGUCUGGGGACGGGGGGCGGCCUCGGGGGAAACCCUUGGGCGGCGCUGCAACCGAGUGACCCGUGGUCACUCCACGCGGCGGCCGCCGCCGCCCACUCACACCCCGCCCACCCAGGACACCCCGGACAUCCGGUGGACGUGAAGCAGGAGAUGCACCUGUCGCAGCAGGCGGCCCGCGUGGCGGCGGCUGCGGCCGCAGCCAGCGGCGGAGGCGGAGGCGGCGGUUCCGGAAGCAGCGGUUCGGGAGGCAGCGGAGGCGGGAUGUCGUCCCCUCACGGUUGGCAUGCCCCAGUCCACGGCGGCGGGUAUGGAGGAGGGGCGGGGACCGGGUCCCCGCUGCAGUACCAUGCGGCACAUGCCGCGGCCGCCAUGAACGGGAUGCUGCACCACCCGGCGGCCUCCCACCAUCACCACCACCACCCGCACGGACACCCGGCGGCCCACCACCAAAGUGCGGCGGUGGCGGCCGCGGCCGUCACGCCCUCCUCCCUGCAUCACCCCUCGCUUCGCGGCGAGUCGCCCCAGCUGCACCUGCCUCCGCAUCACCCACAUCACCCGCACCACGCGCACCACCCGCAUCACCCCCACCACCAUCACCACCUCGGGGGUGGCGGGCUCGGGGGCGGUGGCGGGCUCGGGGGCGAUCGGGACGUGAGUGCGGGCGAAGAGGACACUCCGACGUCGGACGAUCUGGAAGCGUUCGCGAAGCAGUUCAAACAGCGAAGGAUCAAGCUGGGCUUCACGCAGGCGGACGUGGGGUUGGCGCUGGGGACGCUCUACGGGAACGUGUUCUCCCAGACCACCAUCUGCCGGUUUGAGGCGCUGCAGUUGAGCUUCAAAAACAUGUGCAAACUGAAGCCACUGCUGCAGAAGUGGCUGGAGGAGGCGGACUCGACGACGGGGUCACCGACCAGCAUCGACAAGAUCGCGGCCCAGGGCCGGAAGCGGAAAAAGCGGACCAGCAUCGAGGUGUCGGUGAAGGGCGCGCUCGAGCAGCACUUCCACAAGCAACCGAAACCAUCGGCCCAGGAGAUUUCGUCCUUGGCCGAUUCGCUCCAACUCGAGAAGGAGGUGGUGCGGGUGUGGUUCUGUAAUCGGCGGCAGAAGGAGAAACGGAUGACACCCCCGAACACGCUCGGCGGAGACGGCAUGAUGGAUGGGAUGGGGGGUCCUGGCGGUGGCCAUGUGAUGCACCACGGAGGAGGCGGCCACGGAGGCUACGGACAUCACCCGCACCACGACAUGCACGGCAGUCCGAUGGGGGGAGGGCACAGCCACAGCCACAGCCCCCCGAUGCUGAGUCCACCCGGUGGCGGCGGAGGCGGCAUGGGCGGAGCGGCCAGUCUGGGUGGAGGGCACCACCAGCUGACGGCCCACUAGCAAUCAGAGCACCAGGAGUCCCAGGGGGGCGGUGGCGGCGGACCCGGAAGCAUGGUGGCCUUCUUCACACCGAUCCAUGCCCACCCGCAUCACCAUCACCCGCAU